GCAGUACUGCAGGACAGUGUAACUAAUACGAGUUCUUUUCAACGCUCGUAGGCAACAGCCAGAAUGACGGACGUCCCCAGCAAGCUCGGAGAAUUGAUGCUUCAAGGAUGGGUCCUGACUGAUAAUCCUUGCCCUGCAUCCGGCUGCAGGGGAGUACCACUGCUGAGAUCCCCUAAGGGGCAAGAGCCCAUGGUUCAGCACUGUGUUAGUUGCGAUAGGUCUCCUACUGAUGUCAGUCAGACACAAUCGCAGGCUUCAUCUAUUGUCUCGUCAGAAUCGUAUGCCUCACGCCCGUCGACUCCACCCACAGAGAUAUUCAGCAAUUUGAGUUCCCCCACAUUUGCCCCUCCCGCUGUAACGGAAGAGACCAGACGUCGCCGUCAGCAGUCGGACAAUGCGUCCACGGAAAUUGGCAAACGGCUGUUGAAAGGAUGGACUAUGCUAGGUGAGGAGUGCCCAAACUCCAGAUGUUACGGCAUCCCUCUCGUUAGGCCCCCAACAAAAAAUGGAGUUAAAGACACUCGCAAGGAAUGCGUGGCGUGUGGAACCGUGUACAUGAAUGAAAGCGAUGCUGAGGCAUUGCAGCGUCUUACUCCCAUAUCUUCGUCUGCCGAACACGCCUCUGCUCAUUUGACGGGCGGUCCCGGGCUGUCGAUCAUUGCUUCAACUGUCGCACCCAUCAGUCCGGAGCCUUUACAACUUCCUACGCUCGAUCCCGCCCCACAAAUACAGUUAGCCAUAGGAAACCCUAAUCGACUUCCUGACGCACGAAACAGUCGUUUGGUUCCGAGGCAUGGUGUUGCCACACCUGAUACAGCGGCUCAAGCUCUGCAGCUUGCUCUUGGAGUACUCUCAGAAAAGCUUACCCUGGCAUGUACAGCCCCUAGCCUAGUGGAUCUUUCAUCUGUUGCUGCAACUUCCGACGCGAUCAACAAAGUUGCUCAAGCAUUGGGACAAGUGAAUCGCCUCCGACAGCAGGAUUACGGUCGGAGCAGCUCAUUAUCGUAGUGUCACAGUGGGCAAACAAGGCGUAAUUAAUGAUGACUGACAACAUCUGUAGCGAUGCGAAAAAUGAUGUAUGAUAGGUGGGGAUGGAUUAUUUCCGAGUCCUGUGAUGCGUCUGUAGGACCGACCCAUGGCCUGACUUGCUACAGCGAGUAGCAUGAAGUAAGUUUGGAUUUGGGGCCUUGAAUUUAAUGAGAUGUGGUGGUGUGGUCAAACCCUAAUCGUAGUUG